CGAGAUUGAGGUGCGCAAAAAUGAUAUGUUCGGCGUUCAUGAAGGCCGAGACAAUUUAUUCCUCAAGUGGUCUGUUGAAUCGACGGAACUCAAUUUUAUUGAAUUCGGAUCAUGGAAGGCUACAUGUGAACAAUACCCGAACACCAUCGGCUCCGACUUGGCCCUUCAUAGAGUUGUCUCCUGCAGGGGCUGUGGGGUCAGUUUCUGGUUUGACGUGAUUAGAGGCAAGUGCCACCAGUGUCCAUUCAACUAUUACACCACUGGACCUUACGCCACUGAAUGUGUCGUGUGUCCACCAGAUUCCCAGUGGGGCAAUGCAAGGAAGACAAUGAUUCAACUCUGCUACGGACGAGAGUAGACGGGAGGUCGGUACAACACAACCCUUGUUGCUGUCUACCUGCUGAGCUGAUA